CUGUAGUGCCGCCCCAUCCCUCCCUCGUUCUCAUGUGUCUGUUUCCUGUUCUUGCACAAUUCUCUUGUUUUCCUCUCCGUGGCUCUUCCACAGAUACAUUAAGUGAUGAUGGAUGAUCAUCCAACAGGAAGCUCAGCUGAGCCCGUCACCACUGUAACCGGUGGCGAUAAGCCUUUGCAUCGCUUCCUUAGAGGAGAACCCAAGUGUAUUGGAAUUGUGUUGGUGAUCAUGGGCGUGUCUCUGAACAUGUUUGGAAUUACUGUACACACGAGUUUGUAUGGUUCAACAGACGCAUUGAGCGCAUUCUGGCUUGGCAUUCUGUUCAUCACCUGUGGCAUUCUGUAUAUACUGUCUGAACACAACCCAACCAAAAAGAUCAUCACAGCUAGCUUUGCUGUCAGUAUUGUCUCAGCCAUUGGAGUGGUAGUUGCUGCAAUAAACCUCAUAAGGGCUUCUAUUGACUUCCAGCACCAUCACUGGUUUUUUGAAGGGAAUAAUACGGAGGACUAUAUUUAUGCAAGCCAACAUUACUUGUCAGUUGAUACCAUGGAGCGAGUGUUCCUCUUCCACAGUCUGGUAGGAGGCGUUCUGAUUGUAACCAUGAUGUUCUUUGCAAGAGCUGCGUUACGCUCCAGUAGAACACGGGCUGUUGUUGUUAUGAGAAAUCUGCCGUCAGUGGAGUAGACCAAACACACAAACAAACCAAAAUCAUCCCAAUGAGAAUCUGAAGAACCACACCGAUAAAUGAAAGAACAUUUCACUAACAGUCAUGUGUGAUGUUAAAUGUGUUAAACAAUAUUGAACUGUUGUUUAUGUCCAAUGUUUCUACAAUGUGAAUAAGAGAAACAACAGUAUGUUUACAAUGAAAAUGUUUGGUAGAAUUUUAAUCCACACUGAUCAAUGAAUGUGGUCAAAUUAGAUAAAUUUACUAACAAUGUGCAUAACUCAAUAAGGUACAGUAUAUAACUUUCAUGUUUGUACUUUGUAUUUUGUAUGUGUGAUAGGCUAGGAAAGUUUUAAUAACUGCAUGAACGUCCAAUCAUAUUUUUGUAUUUUUAUACUUUUUAUAAUAAACAAAUUAAACACAUUAUGAUUUACUUAAAA